AUGAGCGUCCUGCCAGUGUCGCCUCUAACCUCCAUCAGCUCUACCAGCGCCCAUCGCAAGAUAUAUGUUGAGAUUGAGAGAGCUCGAUUGGUCAAGAAACUUGCCAAGAUUAAGGAGGAACAAGGGGUUAUAGCUGAAGUUGCUGAUUUGAUGCAAGAAAUUACGGUGGAAACUUUUGGUGCCAUGGCAAAAACUGAGAAAAUUUCUUUCGUUCUUGAACAAGUUCAUUUGUGCCUAGACCAUCAAGAUUAUGUUUGUUCACAGAUACUUUCAAGAAAAAUUAGUACGAGAGUAUUUGAUGCUGAUGCUUCAAAGGAAAAGAAAAAACCUAAAGAAGGUGAUAGUGUUGUUGAAGAAGCUCCUGCUGAUAUACCAUCUCUACCAGAGUUGAAGCGGAUCUAUUACGAAUUAAUGAUUCGGUAAAUUAAUCAAUACUUUCCAUUAUGUUGCUUAGCUUGUUCAAUCUAAAUAGAAAUUUGUUACUGGGCG